AGCCCUCGUGGCCGCCGCCGUCGCCGUCCCCACCUCUGUCGGCCCCACCGCCGCCCCUUGCCGGAGUGAUGCCGGGCAGGGUCGUCCGCAUCCAGCAGAAGCUCCUGUCCCCGCGGCAUGCGCGGAUAGAGGACAGCUCAGAGGACGAGGAGUCGGGCGGCACAGCGCCUCCAGUCCGGCGCCCAGCUGCUGCCCGGGCCAGCACCUCUCCAGUACGGCGCCCAGCUGCUGCCAGCACCUCCGCUGCUCCCGCGCGCAAGUCUCACGGCCACGCGCGGUACGGUGUGAGCAUCGACGACGAGGACGACGAGGUGGAGAGCAGCGGGGUGGCUGUCGCUCCCAGCGCCUCUCCGCGGGCGUACACGCAGCAGCUGACACCGAGGACGCAAGUGGCGCCGCUCCUCACCAAGGAAGAGAGCUCCUCUGGUGUCCUCGUUGCAUCGCGUGUCGCCCGCGCCAGGAGGGCCACCGCCGCAAUCCUGCCGUCCGACCCGGACGUAAAGGAUCGGAUCGCCAGGGCGAGGGCUGAUCGGGCGCGGCUGGUGCUGCCGGUGCCUCGCGCCGCCGACUCCCCCCCCAAAGGCAUCCAGGGGCGCCUGAUGGCGUUGUUGCAUCGCUACUGCGGCUACGCCCCGCUCGCUGAGACGGUGGCGGUGCAACAGCACUGGCUCAACCUCGCCGAGGCCGCUGCGUUGGAGGGGGACAGCCCGGUCGGCUCGCGACGAGGCCGAGGGCUCCCGACUUCGCCGCCGCCGCCGGCCAGGUCUUGGCGGGCGGCACUGAUCCUACUUCUCGCCACCGGCGCCGGGUCGCUGGCUGCUGCGGGGCUAUACCAGGCGUUUGAUGGCUCGGACACCUCAGAGCGGCGCGGCCACCCUCUCGCCGCGCUACUGCACAGCACGCCACCCGCCGCACCACCAUUUCCUCCGCCCUCGCCGCCCUCGCCGUCGCCGUCUCCGCCGCCGCCGUCUGCACCGCCCCCAUCCCCGCCACCCCCGCCCCCGCCAUCUCCGCCGCCGCCGUCCCCGCCGCCACCUCCGCCGCCCUCACCACCUCCUCCAUCGCCGCCGCCGCCGCCGCCGCUAUCCACACUGCACGCAACAUGGCGGCAGAUUGAGGGGCUGAUAGAGUGGCUGAAGUGGUGGUAACGUGAGAGAAAACGAUAUAAAGUGUUCU